UGGUCGCCCGAGCUGCAGCCGGGAGCGUGCGGCACGCGUCUGCCGGCUGCCCCGAGCGCGGUCACCGGCGCCGCCGCACCUCGCCCCUCGCCCCGCCGAGCCGCGCGCGCAUCUGCCCGUCUUCCUCGUUUGCUGCUGCUUACGAAUUUUCUUUCUUUCCUUUUUUUUUUUUUUUUUUUUUUUUUUUUUUUGCACGCAGCCUUUUUCUGUUCCGUUUUGUCCUUUUUAAGGCGGGGGCGGCGGCAGCGUAAGCUCGGGGCGGGGAGGGGGCGGCCGGAUGAUGCGGCGCGGGGCUGCGCUGGCUACGUCCGCUGCUGCUGCCCGGCUCGGGCCUGAGCGCCGAGCAGAAAUUGUCAAACAGCACUCCAGAAAAAGUUGUGCCAACUUGUACCCACCGAGAGUGAAUGAGAACAGCAGUUUGCCAGAGCCUUGCCAACAGUGAAUGUUGCAGAUCUCGGCUAAUGUGGGUCCCAAGUGAUGGUGGUUUACACGGAGGACAAGCUGAGCCCUGCAAAACUGGUUAGCACGGCGGAGCCUGGAGCGGCGCCUGCUGGCUGGUGGGUGUGAACCGCGGGAUCUCCGCGUCUCAAGCCAAGAGGAAGCAUGUCUAAGAAGGGCCGGAGCAAGGGCGAGAGGCCCGAGAUGGAGACUGACGCCGUGCAAAUGGCUAACGAGGAGCUGCGGGCCAAGCUCACUAGCAUCCAGAUCGAGUUCCAGCAGGAAAAGAGCAAGGUGGGCAAACUGCGCGAGCGGCUGCAGGAGGCCAAGCUGGAGCGCGAGCAGGAGCAGCGGCGGCACACCGCUUACAUCUCGGAGCUCAGGGCCAAGCUGCACGAAGAGAAGACCAAGGAGCUGCAGGCGCUGCGCGAGGUGCUCAUCCGGCAGCACGAGCAGGAGGCGGCGCGCACCGCCAAGAUCAAGGAGGGCGAGCUGCAGCGGCUGCAGGCCACGCUGAACGUGCUGCGGGACGGCGCGGCCGACAAGGUCAAGACGGCGCUCCUGGCCGAGGCGCGCGACGAGGCGCGCAGGGCCUUCGACGGCGAGCGCCAGCGGCUGCAGCAGGAAAUCCUGGAGCUCAAGGCUUCGCGCAAGCAGGCCGAGGAGGCGCUCAGCAACUGCAUGCAGGCCGACAAGACCAAGGCGGCGGACCUGCGCGCUGCCUACCAGGCGCACCAGGACGAGGUGCACCGCAUCAAGCGCGAGUGCGAGCGGGACAUCCGCAGGCUGAUGGACGAGAUCAGAGGGAAAGACCGUGUGAUCCUGGCCUUGGAGAAGGAACUCGGCGUGCAGACCGGCCAGACCCAGAAGCUGCUUCUUCAGAAGGAGGCUUUGGAUGAGCAGCUGGUUCAGGUCAAAGAGGCUGAGCGGUACCACAGUAGUCCCAAGAGAGAGCUCCCGCCCGGCAUCGGGGACAUGGCAGAGCUCAUGGGCGUCCAGGAUCAACAUAUGGACGAACGAGACGUACGGCGAUUCCAACUGAAAAUUGCUGAACUGAACUCGGUGAUACGGAAGCUGGAGGACAGGAACACCCUCUUGGCAGACGAGAGGAACGAGCUGCUGAAACGCUCCCGGGAGACCGAGGUCCAGCUGAAGCCCCUUGUGGAGAAGAACAAACGGAUGAACAAGAAGAAUGAGGAUUUGCUGCAGAGCAUCCAGAGGAUGGAGGAGAAAAUCAAGAGCGUCAUGAGGGAGAAUGUGGAAAUGAAAGAGAAGCUGUCGGCGCAGGCGUCCCUGAAGCGGCACACUUCCUUGAACGACCUCAGCCUGACGAGGGACGAGCAGGAGAUCGAGUUCCUGCGGCUGCAGGUUCUGGAACAACAGCACGUCAUCGACGACCUCUCGCUGGAGAGAGAACGUCUCUUGCGCUCCAAACGACAUCGCGGGAAAGGUCUGAAGCCACCCAAGCUGUGGUUUUAUAGAGACGGUGCCCAGAUGUCCUGGCAGGGAGAGCACAGCUGGACGGGGAGAAUUCAGACGCCACAGGGGCCACGCUGGAAUAAACAGAGCAAAUUGGGGCAGAAGCAUGUUGUGGAGACAUUUUUUGGAUUUGAUGAGGAGUCAGUGGACUCGGAAACCUUGUCAGAAACCUCCUGCAACACGGACAGGACGGACAGGGCCCCAGCCACGCCCGAGGAAGACUUGGAUGAUACGACGACGAGAGAAGAGGCCGACCUGCGGUUCUGCCAGCUGACCAGGGAGUACCAGGCCCUGCAGCGGGCCUACGCCCUGCUUCAGGAGCAGGUGGGGGGGACGCUGGAUGCUGAGAGAGAGGCCCGGACUCGGGAACAGCUCCAAGCUGACCUGCUGAGGUGUCAGGCGAAAAUCGAAGAUUUGGAGAAGUUGCUCGUCGAGAAGGGACAGGAUUCCAAAUGGGUUGAAGAGAAGCAGCUUCUCAUCAGGACAAACCAGGACUUGCUGGAAAAGAUUUACAGACUGGAAAUGGAAGAGAGUCAGCUGAAGAACGAAAUGCAGGACGCCAAGGACCAAAAUGAGCUGCUAGAGUUCCGAGUGCUGGAGCUCGAAGAGAGAGAGCGGAGGUCGCCAGCAUUUAACCUCCAAAUCAGCACCUUCCCCGAGAACAACAGAAGCGCUCUCCAGCUGUUCUGUCACCAGGAAGGAGUUAAGGAUGUGAAUGUUUCUGAACUUAUGAAGAAGCUAGAUAUCCUUGGCGAUAACGGGAAUUUGAGAAACGAAGAACAGGUUGCAAUAAUCCAAGCUGGAACAGUGCUUGCCCUGUGCGAAAAGUGGCUGAAGCAAAUAGAGGGGACUGAGGCGGCCCUGACCCAGAAGAUGCUGGAUCUGGAGAAGGAGAAGGACCUGUUCAGCAGGCAGAAGGGCUACCUGGAGGAGGAGCUGGACUACAGGAAGGAGGCCCUGGACCAGGCUUACCUGAAAAUCCAGGAGCUGGAGGCCACGCUGUACAACGCGCUGCAGCAGGACCCGGGGCGGAGGGCCAGCGAGGCGCUGAGCGAGGGCCAGCGGGAGGAUCUGCAGGCCGCCGUGGAGAAAGUGCGCAGGCAGAUCCUGAGGCAGAGCCGCGAGUUCGACAGCCAGGUUCUGCGGGAGCGCCUGGAACUACUGCAGCAGGCCCAGCAGAGAAUCCGAGAGCUGGAGGGUAAGCUGGAGGUCCAGAAGAAACACCUGAAGGAGCUUGAGGAGAAGUUUUUGUUCCUUUUUUUGUUUUUCUCACUAGCAUUCAUUCUGUGGCCUUGAUGACGUCAGUGAGCAAAGAACUCGGGAUAGAAAAAGAGCUUAUGGAAUACAUUGAGUCCCUGCGGCAUCCCCAACCCCACUCACACCAAAAUCCAACAGCAAAGCAAGCUCCUUCAAGCCAGAGACUGAAAACAGAAUUCACGUGUACUUGACGAGGAGGCCUAUUGAUCUACGGCUGGGUCCUGGCUGGGCCGAGCUGUAGGAGCCCCGAAGACGCUGGGGGUUUUGUCAAGCUCGGGGUCACGUCCGAGCCCCCACUCUGGCACCAUCAAAGCCCAAGGGGCAGAGACCUGAAUACCAGGAAACUAAGUGCAAUUACUAGAAACCGAGUCACUGGGGAGCCACUGCGCGGCCGGGGGCCAGGCCAGAGCCCUUGUCCCCGCACUGCAUGCCUCCCCUGGACGCAGACUUCUGUACAUAUGUCUCCACGAACUGUGCUCCGUGUACCCGGAAUCUGUCAGCCAAGCGACUUGCAAGUGUCCCUGUGAUCUGAACCCGGAGUCGAGCCCCAGUCAGCAAAACCCUUCGAGAGCCCUGUGCAGCUGAUCCAGCGGGUGGCCACGAGGGGGGGGGGGGGGGGAGAGAGAGAGAGAGAGAGAGAGUGAGCGCAGGACUCUGACUAGGGGCAGGAGCCUUGCCCACUGUGGAGGGCAGAUCCAAGGACCUCAGAUGUCCAAGAAAGAAGCCACAGGCUCCAUCACUCUCCUGGAUGGGACACGGUGAAAGUCUCAGAGCAUGACUGUCCCUGGAGCGAGGACAGAGAAGGUGGACGCCGUCCCCGACCACACCACGCCCCGCACUGUCUCGCAUCUUGGUUGUAAUUUGCAAGACGCUGCCGAGGGAAGAUGCUGGGAGGC